UUUUCUUUGCUCAAACCUCUGAAACGUUCUGAAUACUGAAUAGUUGUUCACCAGGUGAGGAUAAACGAUGAAAAUGUAUUCCUUAUGUCUAGACUAGUGAUGUAUGUGAUCGCUAGAACAUAAAACCCUAAUUGUAAGUCAUUUGUAGAGCCUGUUACUGUUUUUUUACAGUAUCGUGAAUUGUUCCAACAUGAGUGCUGCGAUGGGUGGUGAUCAAACUGAUGACACGGGCGACAAUGGCGGGAAAAAGGAAAAAAUCCCAAGAAAAAAGCAUAAAAUUCCGCACAGAAGACGAUAUACUCGUAUCAAAAAAGCAAAACAACGCCCCAAUAACCCCACUAUUGAGAAUGCCGUCGAGGAAGAUAUUCAUGAGGAACCUCUUGAUUUGGAUGUUGUCAUAAGUGCUGAGGUUUGUUCAUCUCCACUCUCAACAAGUGAGCAUGAUUAUGCCAGGCCUGCCAGUGCCACUCCAACUGUGAGCCGCCCAGAUUCCACUAUGAGCCGGUCUUCUUCUAGCUUCAGUCGUCCUGGCAGUAGUUUGAGUGGCUGUGAUAAAAAUCUGUCCGUAUCACUGCCUGAUCUCUCAGAGGAUAACUCAAUGAGUGACAGUUUGUUGUUUAGCCCGAUAUCCAGUGAUUCUUGCUACAGCCCAAGUCCACAGCCACCAUCUACACCUCAGAAGGAAUCUGAGGCAAUGUUUCACCCUCCACUUCCACCACCUGAUAUCCUUAGCCACCUCUUAUUAGGAGUCAGAAACAAGCUGCUAUUGAUGCUGCCUAAUUUCUUUACACCAGUUGUGGACAACAAAGGAAUUCAUGUUCUCAUGAUUGGACGUAGAGAGUCCAAAGCAGUACAGAGAGAUGUAUUUGUUUCAUCAAGUGGUGUUGUGCGCAUCGAGGUGCAUGGAAAGCCUUAUUCAAGUGUGUCAAUCCUUCAAGAUGUAAUGCCUCCGAAGCCUCUCCUCACUGAGGAGGACACUGGUUACUUUUUAGAUAGAAUCUCUCAAAUAGUGAACAAAGUACGUCUUUUAGAAAUUUGUGCUGGUAUGGACAGUGUUGAAUUUAAGGAUGCCUGGGAUGUUACUUGCAAUGGUGUUUCUGAAAGUGAUGUGUUUAAAGAGUGCAGAUACAGGGAGACCUAUAGAUCAAAUAAAUGUUCAUUGCUGCUGCCUGCUAAAUUUUGGAGAUGCAAGGAAUGCACCAAGCUUCAACCAAUUUUAAAAAGAAGAAUGGAAUUUCUGCAGAAGGAAGAGGUUCAUGAAAAUACCAACACUCGGUACUUAUCAGAUCAACAGAAAGACAACAGAUUGGCAAGCAAGCAGAAAACCAUCAAAAAACAGAGCAUAACCAUAGGUAGGCUUCAGAAGAGGAUGCAAGAAUUAAUUGCAAGAAAAGGUGUAAAAGUUGAGAAAGAGUUAUCUGAUGACCUCACUGAAAUUUUGCAGUCUUCCAAUCUAAGUAUUUCUCAUUCUUUGUUUCUUCAACAACAACUUAAAGCUGUUAAUGCUAAGAAGAGUUGUGGCAUGAGGUGGCACCCCACCAUGAUUAGACUUGCAUUAUCAAUUUACCUUAAAUCUCCAAGUGCUUACAGAUCACUCACUGAGAGUGGGUUCAUUAAACUUCCAACAGCACGCACCCUCUUUGAUUAUUCGCAUGCCACCAAAAUUAAGCAAGGAAUCGACACAACUGUAUUGGAAAAUAUUGCCAAGCAAGUUGCUGUAGAAGAGAAGUCACGUAAGCAGUACCACACAUUAAUGGCUGAUGAAAUGCACAUCAGCAAAAAUCUGGUAGUACAAAAAUCAACUGGAGAAAUCAUAGGUUUCACUAACUUGGAUGAGUUGGACAAGGAGGUGAAGAUCCUUGAUUCAUACCUUGACAAUCCAGACAAGGUUGUGGAGGAAGAAAUGGCUUCAAAAAUAAUGGCAUUUAUGGUGAGAGGCAUUUCCAGUAGGGUGAAAGAUGUAAUUGCCUCAUAUCCUGUUUCUAAUCCAUCAGCUAGACAGAUGUACAUUUGGACUUGGGAUAUAAUAGGAGCCCUAGAAAAGAGUGGAGUGCGAGUGAUUGCAUUCACAUGUGAUGGAGCCCCUACAAACCGAGCAUUUUUCAAGCUGCAUAAACCAGUGACAGUAUUGGACUCAAAAGUAAUUUUUGACACUGUAAAUAAGUUUGCCCCAAACAGAGUGCUGUACUUCUUCUCAGAUGUGCCUCAUCUUCUCAAGACAACUCGGAAUGCAUUAUUCAACUCAAGACCUGGAAAGAAAGGUACCCGCUGCCUCAGGAAGAAUGGCCAGACACUAGUGUGGGACACUAUUAUCAGACUGUAUUUAUCCAAAAAGGAUGCAACUCUAAGGAAGUCGUACAAACUAAAUGCGCAGUCUGUGUUUCCUGAUUCAUACAGCAAAAUGAAAGUACACCUAGCUGCUUCAGUAAUUAGUAAGACUGUUGCUAAUGAUAUUUCUAGUCAACAGUGGCCAAAUACUAGUAAAUUAGUAGACUUUCUAUUGAAAACAAACAAUUGGUUUGAUCUUUUGAAUGGUGCAUCAACUUCACAUGGUGCAAGAAAAAAUAAUAGACGACUAGAUCCCUACACCCAGUCAGACCUAGAUGACUUCAAGAAUAAUUCACCAACUUCUCGAUUCAAGGAACUUUUUGACUAUUUGGACUACCUAAAUGCAUGGGAGGAAGAAAUAACUCAGAAGAAGCUGCAAGGGGCAAACAUGUCAAUGAUGAGUGAGCUUGGAGUACAACAACUCGAAGAAGUCAGUUUUCAUGCUCUAGAAGAAAGCAAGAAUGAAGAAAGUGAGUUUGAUUCCAAAUGUCUUCUUCCUCACCAGACUCUGCUUGGAAUCGAAAUGUCAACUAGGGCAUUCGUGGGUGCAGUCUCUUUCCUUAUUGGAGAGGGCAUUUCCUUUGUAAAUGCCCGUAGUUUCUGCCAGGACCCACUUGAACAAAAUUUUGGUAAGCAGAGGCAAGGUGGAGGUGGCAGUUCUGCUCCAAAUGUUCAGCAAUAUUAUUUUAAACAAAGAAAUAUUAGUACUAUUGGACAACUUGCUGCAGCUAAGAGGAAUGCUGGUAACACUGAGAUUGUGAAUGAAGGUAACAAUAUUUCUUCUGAACCUCUCCCUAAAAGAAAAUAUGUAAGGGGCAAAAAAUAGUGUAUUCUUGCAACUACCUAAAUCUUUAGUUAAGUACUAAAGUGUAUCUUUGUACCUGUUGUGUUGUGUGCCUAAUAAUAUCAACAUUGCUUUGUACCAUUAUUAUCCCUGUGUGUGUUCACAGUGAAUCUCUGUAUGUGUGUAUUAAUUUAAUUGUUGUUUAUGAAUAUAUUUAUGUAAGAUUGUAAUACUGCUGGGUACCUGAUGUAGUGGUUAUUUCUUGCUAGUUUGUUUUCACAUUCUGAAAUAGGAAUAAAUAUCACUGAAAAUGUUCAUAUUAUUUUGUUAUUAUUUCUUUAAAUUAACCAUUGCAAACAAUCAAAAUAUAGGCAGCAAACGUAAGGUGACACAGAACAGUCUGAACAAGCACUAAAAUCAUAUCACAUAGUAAUUGGUAGGAUCAUUACCAUAAGACCCUCUAUCAGAAUCACAUAUAAAUCACAAUUUCAAUUAGAUUAAAUAAUAUUCAAAGCUGUAAACACACAAAGGAACUGGAUAAAUUAUUCACAAACUUAGCACUAAAUAUCUGAUGUGAGAAGCUUUGGCACUUAUGACAAACAUCUUAAUGCAAUAAUUCUAUUGACUUACUAUAAAAAUUAAACUUCAACACAAAUGAAAAAAAAAGAGAUUAAGAAUAAUGUUACAAUAUCUUAUGUAGCUUUGGUAAAGUAUCACGACUUAGAAGUAACAGUCUUGUCACUUGAAGAUCUAGGUGCAACUUGGGAACGUAAAGGGAGUGAUGCUUCACCCUUCUUUCGGAUGGAAUUUAACAUUCGCUGAGCUUUGCCUACUGUAAAAGUUUGACAAAAUGACUCAACAAGCCCUGACAUUAAAUUAAAAGACUCACUUUCUGGGAUAUAAUCAUUCACAGCAUCAUCCCACAGCAGAAUCACACCAGACUGACUCACUUGAUCAAUAACAUCUUGAUAGUCUACCUUUCUUUUGGAUGUUUGCUUCUCAAGUAUCCCUACAACACCACAGAAAAAGUCAUACACUAGACCACUGACAUAUAGUAAUUUCCCUCUAUUUUGAGCAUCUGUCCACCCUUUCACAUGUGCUGGAGGUCCUGGAUUUGUAUCACUUUCAAGCAGUCUUUCCUUAAUAACCAUCUGAACAUUUCUCCAACCUUUGUCCUUAGGAAACCGUUUUGCCUUCUCAUUAAGUGCAUGCAUCUUAGCACCAGCAAUGUAGUACAAGGACUCAAGAUAGUCAUUAUCUACUGCUUGCAUUCCAGUCUCCAAAGUUAGAGGUGCUGGAACGGUACUUCUAACACACUGACUUACAAAUACAAUUAUGUAGUAAACAAGGAAAAAAACAUAGUCAGCUAUAAAGAACUGAACCAUUUCUUCAUCAGCUGAAGCAACGCACACAUCAAAAAGGGAACAGAGGUGUUGUCUUUCAGGAAGAUCGGAGAGAAAAUGUUCAGCAUUUUUCUGGAGGAUUGCAGUUAAUGCUGAGGGUAGGAGGAAUCUUGAACCUUGAAGGCCUUUGGUCAAUGCACUGUGAAUAAUAUUUAGAAAUUGAUUCCACUCAUCUAAAUCACCCAAAUUGAUAUGACAGCCAAUCAACUGUUGAAUAAAUUCCUUGUACUGCUGGCCUUUCACAAAGCAAGCUUCAUUUGAGUUCAGCUUGUAUAGUGCAUUCCCAAAGUUGUCACACAGAUGCUCCAAUAUUUUCUCCAGUUGGGGAUACUUUGACGCUUGUUCUGGGGUAAAAAAAAUGUGUGUCAAUAUUUUCACAAAAAAAA